AUGGCCACACGCAAAGAUGACUAUGAUUCUUCAACCAGAUGGAGUGAAGCCUUCACAGUGUCAGUGUUACGACUAAAGCUCGUCCUCUCUGUGUCUCCAUCAUGGUUGAUUCCUGGAGCUUCAGUCACUCUGAUCUGUCACACUGAGCCUCCGUCAGCAGGGUGGAGCUUCUACUGGUUCAAAGCUGUUCCAAACUCUCAGGAUUCCUACACCUAUGAGCCUCUACCUGGUACCAGCAGUGGGACAGCAAACAAUUCCUUCACAGUUCAUGGACAGACACACACAGCAGGAUAUGCAUGUUCAGCUGGACGAGGGGAUCCGCCGAUUUACACACAACACAGUCGUCCCACAUUCGUCUGGUCUUCAGGUGUUCAUCCAUCAGCGUCUCUCACAGUGAAUCCUGACAGAGUCCAACACUUCACCUCUGAAUCUCUCUCACUGACAUGUGAAGGAAGCUCUUCCCAGUGGAGGCUGAUCCGCUUUCUGACUGACGACUCGCUGUUGAGCUUUCUUCCUCCAGCUACAAUCAAUGGAUCAACAUAUAUUAAGAAUGAGGCUCCAAGAAAAGCUGUGUACUGGUGUGAGUCUGGAACAGAGUUCAGCAAUGCAGUCAAUAUCUCCACACACUCUGAUGGCGUUAUCCUGGUGAGCCCUGUGUAUCCUGUACCUGUGGGAGAGUCUGUAACUCUCCUCUGUGUCAUGAAGGCUGGAAAUAUUCCCUCUGAUGUGUUUUUCUACAAAAAUAACAAACUCAUUGAAAAUGAGAGACGAGGAGAGAUGAAGAUCUCUGCAGUGUCAGAAUCAGAUGAAGGUUUCUACAAGUGUCAGUACAAUGGAAGAGAAUCAGCACAAAGCUGGAUGGCUGUUCAGUUUGUAUCCAGACAAAAGUUUCCGAUGUGGACUAUUGGGUUGAUUUGUGGACUUUUGCUGCUUAUUUCUCUGCUGCUGCUAUUGUGUUGCUGCAGAAAGACAAAAGAUUCCUGCUUCAACAGGUUGGUAUGA